GCCCCUCAGCGGCUCCAGGUGCCGGGCUGGGUCUAGGGCCGUGGCCGGGCCGGGGCCGGCGGCCGGGGCGCCAUGGCCGAGUCCCAGCUGAGCUGCCUGGACGAGGCGCACGUGAACGAGAGGGUGACCGAGGCGCAGGCCGCCUUCUACUACUGCGAGCGGCGGCGGGCCGCGCUGGAGGCGCUGCAGGGCGGCGGCGAGCAGGCCUACCGCGAGCGGGUCCAGAAGGAGCGGCUGCGGGACUUCCUCUCCAGCCAGGAGCGCCAGGCCCUCCGCGCCGCCUGGAGCCCCUACCCGGCCGCCGCCCCCGCCGCCGCCGUCCGGGCCAAGGCCAAGGCCCCGGCGCAGGCCCCGGCCGAGCCCGGCGGGUCCCUGGCCUACUGGCCCGAUUGCUCCGACACCGAGGUGCCCCCGUUGGACUUGGGCUGGACCGAUGCGGGUUUCUACCGCGGCGUGAGCCGCGUCACCCUCUUCACCCAUCCCCCCAAGGAGGAGAAGGCGCCCCACCUCAAGCAGGUGGUCCGACAGAUGAUCCAACUGGCCCAGAAGGUCAUUGCUGUGGUCAUGGACGUCUUCAGUGAUGGUGAUAUCUUCCAAGAUAUUGUGGAUGCUGCCUCUAAGCGCCGGGUCCCAGUGUAUAUCAUCCUGGAUGAGGCAGGUGUGAAGUGUUUCCUGGAGAUGUGUCAGGGCCUGGAGCUGACCGACUUCCGUAUUCGGAAUAUCCGUGUCCGCUCUGUGACAGGCGUUGGCUUCUGCAUGCCUAUGGGGAAGAUCAAGGGGACCCUGUCAUCGAAGUUCCUAAUGGUAGAUGGUGAAAAAGUAGCCACUGGAUCUUACAGGUUCACCUGGAGCUCUUCCUAUAUAGACAGGAACUUCCUCCUCCUCCUGACAGGCCAGAAUGUGGAGCCCUUCGAUGUGGAGUUCCGGGAGCUAUACGCCAUCUCCGAGGAGGUGGACUUGUACCAGCAGCUCGGCUUGGCAGGAGGUGCUGGCAGGCUCGGUGUCUACUCCUCCACUGUGGCUCGAAAGCUUAUCAACCCGAAGUACGCCCUUGUGUCGGGCAGCCGCUGCCCACCGGGGGAGAUGAUGCGCUGGGCUGCCCGGCAGCAGCGGGAGGCCAGCGCCAGUCCAAAGGGGCAGGAAGAGGGCAGUGGAAGCGGUGAGUCGGCCAGGUGCCUGGAGAGCUUCCUGGAUGACCUGGUCACACUAGAGCAGGUGCUUCCCCCUGUGGAGCCUGUCCCCUUGGGAGAGCCGACUCGGAAGGAUGGCAAGGUAGUCUCUCACCUGCGCAUGGACCCGAAGCCCAAAGCCAGGGGGGCACUGGCCCAAAAUGGCAAAAGAGAAGCUGCCAAUGGGGAGGCCAGUGUGGCCAAGGAGGGCAAGCGCUUUAGCAACAGGUUCUUCAGCCGUCGGGCCAAGAGGCCUGCAGCACCCAACGGCACGGCCAACUCACUCUCCACUGAGACCGUCGCUGAAGUGGAGUUUAUGCUGGGGAAGAGGCCCAAUGAGGCCUCCAGCACCAGCGUCUCAGGUAAAGCAAGUCCCAGUCCUGCCAAGACCAGCAACUGCGUGAUUUCCUGAGCCGAGAAACAGUGCUGGGCAGGACCUGCAGAAGCCCCCUGCCCUGUCCUGUGGAGAAUGCAAGUCAAACCCUGCAGCAGUUUGCACUUCAGACCCCUGCUGGCCUGCACCCAGCAGCCUCCAUCAUGGCCCCAGGGACCUUGAAUCCUAGAUGUGAGAGUCUGCGGCAUCUCAAGACAAUCACGUGUUGGCGAGAGCGCCAGCGACAGGGCAGGGUCUCUCCUCCUUGUUUACAUGAAGUGGAAGCUUGACUAGUG